UCGGCCGCAGCUUUGACGCGACGUCUCGAACAAGCCUGCCCAUCUUCCUCGUUGGAAACCCACUCACCGCCCAGCGCGCGUGAUCGCCGAGGCAAUGUCCUGGUCGGCGUCCACGACGCUGCAGUACACGGGCAUCGGCCUCUUCAUCGCCAUCGUCCUCCUCGGCCUCGUCUACUUCGCCCGGUCCAUCAACACCGCCCGCCGCGCGCGCAGGGGCGGCGACGCCGGCAUCGGCUCCGGGCACGUCGACCUGUUCACCGGGGAGCAGCUGGGCCUCGCCCCCGACGACGUCGCCGUGCUCCCGAAGUUUACAUACCACGCCGCCUCGCCCGGUCGCUGGGGCGGCGUGGGCAAGGCAAAGGCUGCGUCGGCGGACGGCUGCGCGGUGUGCAUCGAGGAGCUCCAGGAGGGCGCGCUGGUGCGCAUGCUGCCGUCGUGCAAGCACUACUUCCACGCGAGCUGCGUCGACGUGUGGCUGCUAUCGCACGCGACGUGCCCGGUGUGCCGGGCGAGCCCGGGGCCGGAGAAAGUCCGCCUGGGCGUGGCGUCCAUGUCGCCACCGCUGCCGGAGCUGCGACCGUACGGGGCGUCGCCCAAGGGAGGGGAGACGACGCGAGUGCACAAUGCUGCGGCGUCAAGGUCGCCGUCUCCCGUGAUCAGGUCCCCGACGCACUCGGAGCUUUUCCUCCACGCGAGCAUUGCCAAUUCUGUAAUGUCUCCAUCGCCGACUAGGCCUGUGACGCCGGACAGUCGGAUGGGCCGGUCAAGCUCGCCUUCCCCGGCGAUGGCAGAUCCCCAUUUGGCGGAGGUAGUGUAAUGGUAGCAGGUGCAAAUCAUACUUGUGUGUUACUCUUCUUGGGAAACAAAUUUCCCCGCCCUUCACAUGGCCCAGCAUUUUUCUGUACAUGCCCCAAGGGCAAACCGCUUGUUUCCCCCAGAUCAGAAGUAACCGCGAAAAUAGUGUCU